AUGUUGUUUGGUUUGAAACGUCUUGAUACGUACCGCAAAACUCACACCGAUAAAGAUGGGAAUUUUGUUGACCCAGUAGCCGAGCAGAAUUAUCUUAAUCUAGAACGCGAGAUUAUGGGCGGAGAAAGCAGCGGUUCUAACCAGCCGAAUGAGGCUGCCGUGUUUCAGAACGUUUUGGGUGAUCGACGAGGAUGGUUCUGGGGGCUUGGGCCUAAACCUUCGAAUAAGCCAUCGAACACUUGUAGUGCGCAACUUCAAACCGCACAACCCUUUUCGAAGGAAUACGUUUCGACUUUGUUCCAAAGUCCGGCAUUUGUAAACCAACUUGAAUCCUUUCUUGCGGCGAGGGGAAAGCAUUUUGUACGGAUAUUUUAGAAUGUUAUUUUUCGGAUUUUUUUAGGAUGUUAUCUUUCGGAUUUUUUAGGAUGUUUA